AUGAACGCGAAUCGAGAUGGUAUACAUGCAAAAUAUGAAAGAAAUUUUAGGUUUGCGGGUUGGUUGGAAGAAGCUCGCGAAAAUUUAGCACAAAUUGUACUGGAGGAAGGCCUGGAUAAUGAGCAGUGUCCUGAGUUGGUGCCUUGCAAAGAGUCAGCUGAAUCUGAACAACGUGGUGAGGAUGUGUUUCUCUUCGUAUUGUAG